AGGCGCGAGCGAUUGAAAGGCUGUUGUUGGUGUCGGUUCGGCAGCUCUGGUCGGACUUCGCGGCCCCGACCCUUCCCGUCAUGGCUGACUCGGAGGAGCUGCGGGCUGCUUUGUCGUCCCCGUCGCCUCCCUCCUCUCCCUCGUCUUCAGAUGUCUCUUUUGCGUCUUCCCCGGGCGUCCCGGGGGGUUUGGACUGGCCAGUGUCGAGCGGGGACCGCGGCCGAACGGUGGACCCGCUGGAGGAGGUGGAGCUGCAGAUCGGAGACGCAGCAUUUUCAUUAACCAAACUUCUUGAAGCCACAUCUGUAGUAUCCGCUCAAGUGGAAGAACUUGCCUUCAAGUGUACAGAAAAUGCACGUUUUCUUAAAACUUGGCGGGACCUCUUGAAAGAAGGCUAUGAUUCUUUGAAACCCGAGAACUGAUUUGGCAUGCUUGGUUGCUUAAUAAUGUGUAACAAUUAUUGUGUAAUAAUUCAUACUUUCUCAUGUAUGAUAUUUGCACACAUCCCACAUGUAUAGGAUGAUCUCUCCGCAGUAAUCUGUAUAUACUCAGAAUGAAAUUUUUCUAAGUUUUCUUGACUUUUGCUAAAGCAGAAUACUGAUGUUUUUUUGAUGCUGACCAGUACGUGUUCUUCCUUAAAUAUUUCUGCCCUCUAAACUUUCAUAGAAUUCUUUAUCAGCAGAUACUUAGUUAACCCAUUCAUGACUGGUAAAUUUUUCACUUUCCUAAUCCUAGUGUGGGUGAAAAUUAUGCCACAAACUUCUGUCAUUAAGCACAAGUGAAAUGGUCUUUUCUAAAUUGUCACCUUUUUUACAAUACAGCUGAAGUUGCAGACAUAGUCAGUAUUUGCCUCAGACACCACUUUGACUAGCAUUCCAUACUUUGUGUUUUUAUUCUAAUUACAAACCCCAAAAGAUAGUUGUCCAUGAUGAGGUAUCAUGGAUUCGUCCAAGCAUAGUUCUCGUUCGGGUUUGUAUACAGUAUUAAACUUAUUUAAAGCAUAAUUUAUUAUGGGUUCAAUUUUGCAUAAUCUGCUUGAAUUUCACUGUAUUUCUGCAUUAUUGAAAAAAUGCAAAACCCAUAAAACUUGUAGGAAUCUAUUUCAUGUCUUAAUUUUGAAAAAAGAAAGGUGUCGCAGUUGAUGAACGUAAGGACCAAUAAUCGUGUAUUGUGAUUUCUUCACUUGUCCCAUCAAAAUAUUUGAUGAUAGAAUUUUUCUUCUUGGACACUGCAAUAUUGCUCUACUUUUUUGAUUUUGGACAUGUUUAUGUGUGAUACAUCUAAUCAUAACAGCUGUUAGUUUCAGUUGCAAUCGUUUCUAUAAAAUCAUCUCCAAUAACUAGUCUGACAACUUCACUUACACUUUGAGGAUCAUUUGGAAAUACCUUGACACUUGGAUUACCAGUAAACACUUCUAAAUUGCUUUUUGGAUCAUAUUUUGUCCACUCAAUGUCUGAAACCUUCUCACCAGUAUGAGAUUCACUGUCGUAGAUUAUCUGUAUUACAUUUACAUUGCAUCAUUACACCACUAUCUGUCUCACUAUCACUAAUAAGUUCACUGGAUCACCUUUGACCUCGGAAAUCUCUUCAGUAUAUAUUUCUUCAUUUUCCAUAGUUAUGGUAAAUUAUUUUUAACACUGAAGUAUGAAAGCCCUGAUAUAUCAAAAUAUAAGCAUACAACACUUAUCUCA